UAUAAAACUAUCUGAGCUUAUAAUUGUCCGUUUAUUGGAGUUCUUCUUCUCUACGGCAAAAUCUUGGCCUCCUCGAGCCAUGGCGGGACGAGAGGUACUGAUGCUUGAGGCCCCGCCGGACCCUUCUCGAGAGGGCUGGUCUGUGAUAAGCCAGAAGGAGUUCAUCGACGCGCUGCCCUACAUUGAUGACGACUAUGGCGAUCCCAGGGUGAAGGCGGAAGUAGACAUGCUUGUCGAAGCCGAAAUGCGCAAGAGCGUCAAGAAGCCGGCCGAUUUCCUCAAGGAUCUCCCUCCCCUUCCCAACUUCGGCUUCGAGAAUCAUCCCAUGCUUGCUAGAGAGUAUGAUCGUGUAAGAGCCGGAAAGCCUCCGACAACUUUGGAGAUGUCUCGUUAUGGGUUAGAGCCUCCCCCGCUGAAUAAACGUAAUGAUGUGACUGCUUGGAGGCAAGCUGUACGAAAUGGUCAAAGUCUACUACAACAUCAAAUUAUACGAAUUGAAAACCUAGAUCUUAUGUUAAAGCACGGUACUGAUCUCUGGAAACAACACAACAAGGGUAUGGAGAAUUUUUUGUCCAGAAUGCAAGCUUUAGCGUUAGAGUACAAUGAAAAGAUUGAAGCUGCGAAUCAGGAAAGAAAGUAUCAUCAGCAAAACACAGCUGUGGAACUUGAUGCCUUGAAUGCACAAUGGAGAGAACUAUGUCACAAGAAUAUAGAUAUCCAGGCCGCAUGCGCCAACUUUCAAAAUCAUAUCGACGAGCUUAAAAGAGAAGCUUUUGAUCUUGGACUGAAUUUGGAUGAUGCAUAGAUGAAGCAUGCUUAAGAGUGACCGUUGGGUGAUGGGUUGCAGUUCUGAUGCAGAUGAGUCUAUACUUUACACAAAAUAUUGGAUGCCGAGCCUUGAAGAUUUUCAGUUAUUAGCCAUUAUGGAGAAAUUUAUAUAGAUGCUAGUCAUCAUGUAUAUUCACUCGCCAGCAAAACUAGCUUGAUUGUGUUUUAGGCGUUAUAAAGUUUCCAGCAUAACAAGUUUUGUAGCCAAAAUUUUAGGCGCAGGGACUUUAUUCUUGACAACUUGAACACAA